UAAUUGAAUAAAUCCACCACUGUGUGACAGCAGAGCGUGGUGCUCAGAGGGUCUCUGGCACCCAAAGGGCUCUAACAGCCCAAUAAUAGCCAUGUUCCCCUAGCUGCUGUCUCUGACAGAAACGCUGUGGUUGUUAUGAUGUUUAGCUCCUUCCCCAACUCUCAUCUCUGUGGAUUCACACCUGCUCAGAUUAUCGUUUUCUCUGUCAUCCUGGCAUCACAGAGAUUCUCCACUCUGCCAACCCACUACAUGCAUGCUUUUAGAGGGCUGGGAUGGACAGUUUGCUCCUGGAGGCUGGUGACUCUGAAGUCCUGGUGAGAUGUCCUUGAGUGGCAACACAAGCCACUCUUCUCCAUUGACAACAGCUCUGUCUCUGCCCUUCAACAGUUCCUCCUCUCCACGUUCCUUACCAGGGGAGGAAGAAAAACCCAGCCACGAGCCUCUGCAGGAAUGGCCAGAGAAUGAGACUCAGCUCCUCUCAAACCUCUUUGUUCUUGCGCACGAUGAGCAAUGCCAUAUGUCUUCUGUCCUCACAGGGUGUUUAGUGGUGUGGUACAGCCUUACAAUGGUGCUGGGGCUGGUGGGGAACAUCGGCCUCAUCUGCAUCAUCACCCGUCGCAGGGAAAAAGUCAAUGUCACCAGUAUUUUCAUCUGUAACCUGUCAUUCUCUGACAUUCUGGUGUGUGUCUUCUGCCUACCCUUCACUGUCAUUUACACGCUUAUGGACCACUGGGUGUUUGGGUCGCUGUUAUGUCGGCUGGUGCCGUUCAUCCAGUGUAUGUCUGUGACUGUUUCUGUGCUGUCUCUGGUUUUCAUUGCUCUGGAAAGACAUCAGCUGAUCAUUAACCCCUCUGGGUGGAAACCGAGCAUUCCUCAGGCCUACAUGGUAGUCUUUCUCAUUUGGAUUCUAGCCUGCUUCACCUCUACACCUUUCUUGGCCUUUCAGCUACUCACAAAUGAGCCCUACACUAAUGUAAUCCUGCCCCAGUCUCCCCUUCAUCACCAAGCCUCUCUCCAGGCUUAUCUCAAUACAUCUCCACCUCAACCUGUCUCUUACACUCACAAAAACUCAUCUGUACUUCCAAAUUCAUUCCGCACCCUUUUUUCUUAUGUCCCCACAACCCCUCAUAUGGAGGCCUGUCUGGAGCACUGGCCAUCUCAGCAACACAGGCUCGCUUAUACCACAUGGCUUCUGCUGUUCCAGUACUGUGGCCCACUAUUGCUGGUCCUGCUGUGUUAUGUCAGAGUCUUUGUGCGCCUUCGCCACCGCAAAGAAAUGCUUGACCGCGCCAGGACCCCAGAGAGCCAGCGCAUGACCCACAGCCGGAGAAUCAACAUCAUGCUGGUUGCCCUCAUCACGGCCUUUGCUCUCUGCUGGCUGCCGCUCACCAUCUUCAACGUGGUGUCAGACUGGAACCAGGAGGCUCUGCCCAUCUGCCACCACAACCUGCUGUUCUCCCUCUGCCACCUGCUGGCCAUGUCCUCCACUUGCAUCAACCCCAUCAUCUACGGCUUCCUCAACUCCAACUUUCGGCAGGAGGUGAGAGAGGUGCUCCUGCACUGCCGCUGCUACCCGCUAGAGGAGGAGUGUGAGCAUUUCCCCAUGUCGACUGUGCACAUGGAAGUGUCCCGCACCUCUGUGCCUCUCAACUGCAGGAGCAACUCUGUCUGACUUCAACACUACAACCUAAAAGAUGCUGCUGUAGUAGGAUGUAGUCACAUAAAUUGUACAGUUGUUGGGCAAACUUCUGCUGUUUGUUCUACCUUCAAUGACAGUAAAACAGUUUUGAUAGUGGUUUAAAGUGCAACAUUUUUGUCAGUGGUUUGAAGUGAAGUGUGCAGUACAAUGUUGGUUUAUCUUGUUCUCAACUAAUUCAAAAUUAUAAAAGGAGGGUGUUAGUGUAAAAAAAAAAUGUUUCUGAAGAAUGUGUCAUUUUAAGGUAAUCUGUUGCUGUAUCCUGACUCCAUGCUUCAUGAUAAUUGUAAACAGUAUACACUAUUCAUGCCAUUAUACAGUUUUUUUUUGCAGUUGGUAUAAAAGAAAUCUACAUAUUUUACCAUUUUAUAGUAACAGGAAAUUAGCUAAUAUGUACCCACUUGGGUAUCAAUUAAACUUAACAAUCACAAAACUAAAUAUAACAUAUGUUGGAACCAUACUGCAAGCUGCAUAUUGGUAUGUUAUCAAUGUACAUAGAGGUGACAAGAACUGAGAAAAUGAGAAACAUGACAAAUGCAUUCAUACAGAGUAUAAAUGGUCACUGAAUAAGUUUUUAUCACAGAGUGCAUCUGGAUUUGUCCUUGUAGAAGCACAGGUGUGCACCUGUGCUACUCUUAUUGUAUUGUAUAACACAGAUGCAUUUUGUGAUAAAUACUUGUGUAAAAAAUAAUUUCUUUUAUUAGUGGACAGCUGCUGUUGUAUUCCUCAUAUUUUGUUACUACUUUUGUAUUUAUGGCAUUUGUGCUGUGAAAUUAAUGUGUUAGCUUAGUGAAGACAAACACAAGAUCUAUUGUCUUAAUGUAAUUUAGAGACUUAAAAUGUAACAAAUUAUACAACUGUUUAGCUGUAAAUUACUUUAGAGAGGUUUAAUAAAUAAAUAAUGACAAAUGCAUUUAUGUGAGGCUUUUACAUAUUAAAAUGUCUAUUAUUGUAAAUCAGGGAGUCUUUG